UGACCAAACAAAACCUCCCGGCAGCUUAUUAGGGUUUCAAGGGGGGCGAAGGAAGUACAGAGCUUCGAGUUGUGGAGAGAACAAUGGAGACGGUAGACCUUGGCCAUCUCAUGGCCUUUGAUCCCACCCACCAGUUCUCUUCUCUACCGUCUUCAAGGGAGGAGUUGGUGGAAAGUUGUCUGCAGAAGGGGAGGGAGCUUGUUCAAGCAGUUGCGAAUGCCCUUUUCAGCUUACCUUCGACUGAAGAUUUGGAUGGUCCCAUUGUCAAGCUGCCACCACCUACAACAAAACUACCCAGAGAAAAGCAUUUGCCUAAGCCUAAGCCUCCCACUAAAUGGGAAACCUUUGCCAAAAUGAAAGGUAUAAAGAAGCAUAAAAAAGACAAGGUUGUUUGGGACGAGCAGACCAGUGCUUGGAAACGCAGAUAUGGGUAUGACCGCGUUAAUGAUGACCAAGAUAUACCCAUAAUUGAGGCCAAGAGCACUGAUGAACCGGGAGAAGACCCCUUUGCCAAAAGACGAGCUGAUAAGAGAAAACGAGUUGAUAAGCAAGAGAAAAACCGAGUGCAGAACUUGAAAGAAGCUGCUAAAUUCGGUGCUUUGCCAAGCCAUGUUCAACUAGCAGCCACAGCUUUGCCCAUAACAGGAACCCAAGCUGCUCCUAAGAAAGUUUCCAAAAAUGAGCUAGGGGAUGUUGCUGGAAUAGCAGCAACUGCAACAGCCAGUGGUGGGAAGUUUGAUAAAAAGCUAGAGGGAGAGAAGAAGCCAAAGCACGAUCAUAAGCAUCGCAAGUUCCUGCCAGUUGCAGAAGGAAAAGGAUUGGGCUCUAAAGAGAAGGAGCAAACGGACAGAGUUCUCAACAAGCUAAUCUCUAAGAACUCUCAUGAGAUUCUUAACAUUGACAAGGCUAUUACUAUGUACAACGUGAAGAAAGAGAAGAAACGGCGUAACCAGAGGGGUGACUCAGCCACUUCAACCUCGAGCAAGUUGAAACCAAAAAAGAAUCUCCAGAAGAAGUCCUCGAAUAAGAAAGGACCAUCAAGCUCGAAGAAAGCCAAAUCUAAGUCGAAAUGAUCAACUGACCUCGAUCUCUUCUGCAUGCUUGGAUGGAGGAUAAAAAUUUUGAUAUAUAUGAUAUUGGGUUUUCUGUUCAGAUUUUGUUUUAAGUAUUUUCGGUAAUAGGAGUCUGAAAUUUGCCUCUUUGCUAUUUCUUUCCUGAAUUUUGACCG